AUGUCUGAACCCAGAAAGCUCGACAAGUUUCAUCCUCCUGCCUUCUUGGAUGAUUUUGAGGGUGAACAGCUUGAAAGAUGGUCCAAGACUGUUGACGGUUGGUUCGGUGACGAGAUAGCAGGCAGACUCCCAGGAAGGAAGAUUCUUACUCAGUUCUUCAACCCUCGUCACUUUGCCUACAACUCGUCUCUGCCGCCUGUACCCAUCACUUGGGUCAGAAUUAAGCAGCCUACGGAUGACGCUCGAUGGGCAUACGCGAAGGAUCCGGAGAACCAGCGAGCUCCUCCAGGACGCUUGGAUCCUGAGAUUCUGAAGUUCCAUAAGAAGAACGAGCAGACGGGGGAGGAUGAAGUUGUUGAGGUACCUCGACAAAGGGAGGAUCGUUGGGUGAUGGACGAAUACUUGGAAUGGUCUACCAAAAAGGUUGAUGGAGAUGUUCAGAUUGUGAGCUUCACUUGCGAAGGUCCAGAGUACUGGGAAGAACUUGCGAAGUAUAAUCCCAUUCUGACCGAAACUCCCAUUAGGAACCCAGCAACCCAAAAGCAUGAGAGGAACAACAAGAUCCUCAACAUUUAUAAGAAGCUGAACCCCGAUUUUGCACAUGAGAUUAAAGGAGAUCACCUAGUGGACGACGAAGGUAAAUACAACAUCUAUAACAGGUGGAAUGGCCACACCAAUACUGGCACCAUUGCCCACCUCAUCCAAAUCAACAAUAGCCUUAGUGCCGAGAUUGACAUCGCUGCUCAAGCCACUGUCACAAGGACCGACUUGGUAUACGGUGAACCUAUUACCAACAUGCUUACCCUUUGCGGAGAUGGAUCUGCCUAUGGUAAUCCGAGCAGGAAUUCUGACCCGACUAUUGGUGCCGCAGUCAACGAAGUCUGUCGUUUGGCUCGCGAUACAGUGUGUCACAUCCCGGUCACAAUCUCUGUCAAAGAUCCUGUCGCUCUGUACAUGUACGACGCAGACUUCUCGUCCUUCCUGUUAGAUCGCACCGGUAAUCGAAGAGGAAACGUUCGAGAUAUGGUCCCGGUUCCCGAAGGGGUCUUUGACUGGUGUGACCGUGGUGAUAUUACCAAGAACAUGGGCCUUCAUCUUCGCGUAUCUAUUCCAAAAGGUCUCAAGACUGAUGACAAUACCCGCGACCUUAAUCUGAGCGAUCUUUUUGACCAAAACAACGGAGGUCGCUACGUGCAUUAUGGAAGCCAAUUUGCCGAUUACAUCUUCAUGAGCGUUUCUGGUGUUGUUGGCCCGAAGCCAGAGCCUCAGAAGGAUGGAGAAGCGUGGCCUGGAAAAUCUCAGCCUGCACUUACCUACACUGAGCCGUACCUCCAGAAGCCGUUUAUCGAGCCCAAGGUUUUGGGGAGUCCUGUUCUCUUCAAGAUGAUGGGAGAGGUCGAUGCGGUUGCCACACCUUCUGAUCGAAAGGGCGACCCGAGGGUUGAAUUCAAUGCGGUUGUCACAACUUCUGAUCUAGAGGCAAUGGAUCUGAGAGUAGAAGCAAAGAAUGGACCGUCGGGCUAUAUGGGGAUGCCAGAGCCCGGUCCUCAUAACGGGCCGGACUACCAAUCCAUCACUCCGAAGGCCAUCUAUUAA